UUUUGUUUCUGACUUCUAAUCUCCAGACUCCAGCUAGGAUAAAGUUAUACCUAAGUGGAAUAUCCUAAUCCAACAGCAUGAGCUCUCGUCUCUCCAGCUAAAUUUUUUUCAUCGGCCCUGGCAACGUAAACAUAGCACCUUAUACUCGAAACUUGUUUUAUGAUUAAUACUAAGUCUCUCCGAAAAGCUUCAAUUUCAUUUUACCAUUUCUUAAAAAAAAAAAAAAACCAAAGCUUUCUUAUUCAUCUAUGCGGUUUCUGUUGAACACACGUAGAGCGUAUUCUACGAGCUUUGCGGUCUUUCCCAGAUAUCGGAUUGCGCAAUUUGCUCGUGUGGGUCAAAUUCAGAAUGCUCGUAAAGUAUUCGAUGAAUUAUCCCACAAAACAGUCGAUUCGUGGAACUCUAUCAUUGCUGGUUACUUUCAGAACAAUCAACCCAAUGAAGCCCAGCUUUUGUUCAACAAAAUGCCGGAGAGAAACGUCGUUUCUUGGAAUGGUUUAAUUGCUGGGUAUAUAAAAAAUGGAAUGGUUAGUGAAGCUAGGAAAGUGUUUGAUAAAAUGUCGGAGCGCAAUGUAGUUUCAUGGACUGCCAUGGUUCGUGGGUAUGUUCAAGAGGGUAUGAUGGCGGAGGCAGAAUCUCUGUUUUGGUUAAUGCCCGAGAAGAACGUGGUUUCAUGGACAGUGAUGAUAGGUGGACUAAUUCAAGAAGGUCGGAUUGAUGACGCGCGUAGUUUGUAUGAUAUGAUGCCGGAAAAGGAUGUUGUUACUAGGACUAAUAUGAUAGCAGGAUAUUGUAAAGAAGGGCGUUUAAGUGAAGCAAGAGAGAUUUUUGAUGAGAUGCCGCGAAGAAAUGUGAUAUCUUGGACUACUAUGAUUACAGGGUAUGCGCAGAAUAACCGUGUGGAUGUUGCUAGGAAGCUUUUUGAAGUGAUGCCUAUGAAAAAUGAGGUGUCAUGGACAGCUAUGUUGAUGGGUUAUACACAGUGUGGAAGGAUAGAAGCAGCUUUUGAACUUUUUAAGGCAAUGCCGGUGAAGUCAGUUGUCACAUGCAAUGCUUUGAUUCUUGGGUUUGGCCAAAAUGGAGAGGUGCCAAAAGCAAGGAGGAUAUUUGACGAAAUGAAGGUGAAGGAUGAUGGGACAUGGAGUGCAAUGAUUAAGGUUUAUGCGAGGAAAGGAUUUGAACUGAAAGCGCUUGAUUUGUUUAUAUUAAUGCAAAUAGAGGGAAUUAGGCCAAAAUUUCCAUCCUUGAUUAGCAUUCUUUCUGUUUGUGCCAGCUUGGCAAGUCUGGAUUAUGGUAGGCAGGUUCAUGCCCAGUUGGUGAGGUCUCAGUUUGAUGUUGCUGUAUAUGUUGCCUCUGUUUUGAUUACAAUGUAUAUUAAGUGUGGUGAUCUUGUAAAAGCAAAGCUAGUUUUUUAUAGGUUUUCUUCAAAGGAUAUUGUUAUGUGGAAUUCUAUGAUCAGUGGUUAUGCCCAGCAUGGUCUAGGCGAGGAGGCCUUGCAGGUAUUCCAAUCAAUGUUCUCCUCAGGAAUGGUGCCAGAUGAUAUUACCUUUGUUGGAGUUCUUACGGCAUGUAGUUACACUGGGAAGGUCAAAGAAGGACUUGAAAUCUUUGAGUCGAUGAAAUCCAAAUAUAUGGUGGAGCCAAAAACUGAACAUUAUGCUUGCAUGGUGGAUUUGCUUGGUCGAGCAGGCAAGGUAAAUGAGGCAAUGAAUUUAAUUGAAAAAAUGCCCAUGGAAGCAGAUGCUGCUGUUUGGGGUUCUCUGUUAGGGGCCUGUAGAAAACAUGGAAAGUUGGAUCUGGCUGAAGUUGCAGCAAAGAAGCUUCUACUGCUUGAGCCUGAAAAUGCUGGCCCCUACAUCCUGUUGUCAAAUCUAUAUGCAUCUCAAGGUAAAUGGAGUGACGUUGCAGACCUGAGAAAGAACAUGAGGGCAAGAUGUGUGAAGAAAUCACCUGGUUCUAGCUGGAUUGAGGUUGAGAAAAGAUUACAUAUGUUCACUACUGGUGAUAUCAGGGCACAUCCUGAGCAUGCAAUGAUCAUGAGAACGUUGGAAAAAUUAGGUGUGUUGUUGAGAGAAGCUGGGUAUAAUCCUGAUGGUAGUUUUGUGUUGCAUGAUGUGGAUGAGGAAGAAAAGUUGAAUAGCUUGAGGUAUCACAGUGAGAAGUUGGCUGUGGCAUAUGGAUUGCUGAAGGUUCCUAUGGAGAUGCCUAUUCGUGUAAUGAAAAAUCUUCGAGUUUGUGGAGAUUGCCACACUGCAAUUAAAUUAACAGCAAAAAUAACCGGGAGAGAAAUCAUUUUGAGAGAUGCUAAUAGAUUCCAUCAUUUUAAGGAUGGCUUCUGUUCUUGCGGGGACUAUUGGUAAUCGAAUAGCUUGUAAUGUUAUUAAUGGAUUGAAUUCCAGAUUGGUUUUGAGGCAAUAUUCUUUUAUACCCUGCGGCGCACUUAUCAUUGGUGCCACACUUAAGAUUUCCGGCACGAACAACUCAUAAUGCUGGACUUGUUAUUCAUAUGGUAUUAGUUCCUACUGGUGACGAAGAAACUCUAGCAACAUUGAAUGGGAUUACGGAAAUGUGUUUAAGUUCAAGGUUCAUACUAUUUAUCUUUUCGAAAAGAAAAAGUGAAGGCAAAUUGUGAUUAAUGUCACCGGUGUGCUCUCUCUAAUUGUCUAUGAUUUCUCGACUGAAAUAUUUGUCAUAGAAUGUCUGCAGAGCUGCCUUCAAGCCCUGCACGCACAACUGCUCUGUAUUAACCUCAGGCUCAUGCUGCAAUGUGAAAGAAUUUUAUACUGGUUUUUAGGUUAUGACAUGGGGGAUGGCACUUGGGGAAGGGAACUUUGCACACCGCAUUCUAUCACCAAUAAUUCUACAGCAAGAGCUUUUACAAAAAAGAAAAAAAAAAAAAAAAAGAGGUUGGCACUUGACCUUCUAAGUUAUAAUAUUUGUCUUUUCGUGAGCACCAAUUUCAAUAUUGUCGUCGCCCUACCCCCAAAGUGAUUUUAUUUUUACCAAAUUGAAAUUUGAAUUUGAGACCAACUAUUUUAGGAAUUUGAUAGUGGCAUUUGGUGGUCAAAAGGGUAUAAUAGUUUUUUUUUUUUUUUGUCUUUUAGAAGUUUUUGGAAGACAAUCGAAAGUAUUUGUCAUUUGUGCCGACCUGACAUAUCAGGUUAGUUUGACAUGAUCAAUGUCACAUCAAUUUGACAUUAUAUUUAUUCUCUUCUGAUGGUCCCCUACAACUUACCUAUAAAUAUAAAAGUCUAGACAUCAUUAAGGCAAGUUGAUCUUACUCUAUUUCUCUCCUUCUUACUUUCUUUUUGACCUGAA